GGUCUCCCAACACGAUGAAGGCUAGAUGUGUCCUAAACUACAGGGGCAUCCCCUUCGAAACUAAGUUUGUAACCUAUACCGAGCUCCCUCGGGCCUUAGAGAGGUUGGGUGUCAAACCUUUGCCCACAGUCCCCGGGUAUAUCGUACCGACAGUCACCCACGACGGAAACACAGUCAUGGGAUCAUAUGACAUUGUCCAAUACUUGGAAGACGCCUUUCCACAUAAUCCAAGUAUGUUCACCUCCCCACACGCCUUAGCUGAUGCCGAUAGUCUCCGGAAGUUAGAACAGGCCAUGUUUGACAGUUUUUCUAUCAAUCCUGUUACCUUCAUCAAGGAGAUUAUACAUGACGAAGACAUUGGUUACUACAUCACAAAGAACAUGGACAGAUACAACCUCAAUAUCAUCCAAGUCGCCAGCGAUCCAAUCACUAUCGAAAAUAACUGGGUGGCUGUUAAGAACUAUGUCAAUGAUUUUAAGGGUUUCACAACCGAGAGGUUUUCCCAAGAGCAGUUGAAUCGUUUGAAGCAUGGAAAGUACCUAUUUGGAGACAAUCUUGGCUUCGCAGAUUUCAUCUAUUUUGGCUUCCUCUCAUGGAUAAUCAAGGCGUACGCCCAGGACAAGAGUCGGACGUGCGAGUUUCUCGCCGAUCCAUGGUUGAAAGAUUGGUAUGUGAGGUUGACCAUUUACAGUGUUUGAACUGUUUCAAGU